AGUCUCCUCCCAUAAAAGCUCGUCUCCAGUGUCCCAAGUACUAUCGAGUUCUGUGAGAACUCUUAGGCUAGUGCGAUCGCUUCAUUCACAUUUUUGUGCUUUGCUCUACGGUGACUUACACCCAGUUUUACAAUCUAUGUCCGGCUUUCAGCCACGCCCCAAGCGGGCUGGUGAAGACUUCACCCGCACACAUCAACACCCCGAGGACGACCCGAAUGAACCUUCUGGCAAGAAAGCUAGGUUUGAUCUCCGGAACCCUUCUGCUCUUGCUCCCGAUGCGCUCGAAGACGAUGCAGUAUUAGACGCGGACGAGAUCGGUCGGCGCGGGCAGAAAGUACGUCGCAAAGCAGUGAAUCUUGACGGCUACGACUCGGAUAGCGAAAAUGAAGGGUUUGAUGCGCGAGCCGAGGCCCAGGCGAAGAAAAAAAAAAAGGAAAAUGCGGCAGAUGACGAUGACAUGUUUGCUGAGCUACAAGAGGACUUCGGCGCGGAAGAGGUCGACGCUGAUGAAGCUUUAAAGAAGAACAAGAAGUCUGUGCGAUUUCUUCGAGACGACGAGAUCGAAGGUCAGGUCGCGUCUUCCAAAGGUGGUGGCACGUUACAUGCGGACUUGACUAAAGGCCCCGAUGAGGUCGACGAUGAUGAAGCGGAAAGCGAGAGCGAUGUCGCAGAUGAAGACCGCGCAAGGGUUGAUGAGGAUAUGGACGAGGAAUUGGGCGCCGGGUCUAAGAAAAAACAUGCGCCUUUACUUGAUGCGUUCAACAUGCGGACUGAGCAGGAGGAGGGCAAGUUUGACGAUCAAGGAAACUAUGUACGGAAGGCUGUAGACCCUGAUGCUAUCUACGAUUCGUGGCUUGAUGGGGUGUCAAAGAAAGAUAUUCGGCGUGCCAAAGAAGCCGCGGAAAAAAGAGAAGCCGAUAGGAAGGAAAAAGAUCGGAUGGACGAUAGUGUAUUAACGGGAGACGCCUUAAAGACCCUUAUAACUCACCUUGACCGAGGAGAAACUAUACUGGAAGCGUUGGCUAGGCUAGGAAAGGGGCCCCAGAAAAAGCCCAAAUGGCAAAAUAAACGCAACAAGAACAGGUCGAAGCAGAAUGGGGAUACAGAGGAUGCGGAGAUGACGGAGGAUGACCCCAAAGAAGUCGCUCGCAAGCAAGCGAUCGAUGCGAUCACGGGGGCAGCAGAUAUCCUUAUGACCCGGGGCCAAGCGGAAAUCUACGAUACAGAACGCGAGCUACUCACUCGUCAGUAUCGCCGUGAGACAGGCGAGGAUUGGGUUGAUCCCCCUUCACAAGAUACAGACCCUGUAAGUGGCGAGCAGGCCCCUGUAAUGUGGGAAUUUCGUUGGUCGGACGCCCGCGAUGGUGGGAUUGUUCACGGACCGUACGACGGUGCGACGAUGGAGUCGUGGAAAAAUGCUGGGUAUUUCGGUGAAGGGGUCGAAUUUCGAAGAACAACAGACGACGGUGGAUGGAAUGCUCAGGCCAGCUUUGUACAAUAAUGAAAACUAAGGAUGGGUGGGAGUCGUAGGUAUAGCACUAAUGGAUACCAAGCAUU